AUGGGGGAUUUUAAUGAGAUUUUGUUUGUUGAGGAGAAACAGGGAUGGUUACUUAGAUUGAAAAGACAAAUGCAGGGGUUUAGGGAUGCUCUCGACUACUGUAGAUUGAGGGAUUUGGGCUUCAAUGGGUUCCCAUUUACUUGGUGUAAUAGAAGGGCGGGUGGACAGAAUGUAUGGAUUCGGUUGGAUAGAGGGGUGGCUUCAGUUGAGUGGAUUUUGAGGUUCCCUUCAUCUCGGAUACAUCACUUGGAUGCUUUUCACUCUGAUCAUAAACCACUACUGCUUUGUUCGGAUUCUGAGUUUAAAAGUUUCUAUAAAAAAGGUAGGCCUUUCUGCUUUGAAGCUAUGUGGUUGAAAGAUAAUUCUUGUGAGGGUGUAAUUCGGGAUUCCUGGGACUCUAGGCAGCAAUCUGUUUCAGUAUGGGGCUUCACAAGAAAAAUAAUGGCUUGCCAAGAAAACCUCAAAGUUUGGAAUCGAACCACAUUUGGUCAUGUUCGGUCUGCUUUAAAGAGGAAGAUGGCCGAAUUGAAGGAAGCUGAAGAAGGGGAUUGUUACAGAACUAACCCAGGCUGUAUUCAGUUGCUUAGAAAGGAAAUUGGUAGCCUUUAA